AGCGUAUACUUGCUAGGACUGUAAUAUUGACAUGUCGUUUGGCCAAAGGACUUUCGACGUGAUUGCGACUUUGAAUCUCUUCUUGUCUCCAUUCUACGUCGAUGUUAUCCUCACAUCUCCUACGGUGACUGAGAGCUCACAAUUCAAUCUGCUCAGUACGUCACUAGGUCUUAUUGGCCCAGUGGCAUAUGAUUCCAAGGGUCCUAAUAGAGAAAUACGACGAAUACGAAUCGACACACAUCUCGAGAGAAGUAAUUGGGACAUAUCAAUCAAUCGAUUCGAUCCCAAAACUCCUCAAUGGCUUGAAGCCAAUUCUCCGCUCACCAAACUGGUUAUUCCGGCCAUGGAAUGUGCCACUGGGUACCCAAACCCGAGUAUUUUAUCUGGUCUGUGGGUGCGAAAACCCAAUCUAUGCGAAGUGCGUGAAUACGCAGGGGCUAUAACGAUUCAGCGAAGCUACUUAGAAGCGUUGCGGUUCUCGCGCGCCUGUGCGCUGCAAAGCGUGAAACUCAAAUAUUUCUUUCCACCACCGAGCAUACAUGCUGGAAAGUCUUUCUCGACAUUAAGAUCAUCAUACAAUUGAUAUCGAGCACGCCUCAGACCGUGCCAUAAAAUCUCCGUCUCCUCUGAGAUGAGCAAACAAAAUUCGUGACGGCGUGGUAUGAAUGCGUUAGUCCUCCGCGCGAGAGGGCGUGCGACAUUGCUGAGGCCUUCUUCCACUGAAUGGGGAAGACCCAAUGCACCGCAUCAACCUAAUUCCAUCGCCAGCAGGGGGAGUAUUUGGGGAGGAGCAGUAAAUGCACCUUCGUUUC